AUGACUUCCUGCGAAGAUCAAAGAGCUUCCCUUGAGAGGCUUGAAGUUAUUGAGGAUGCGAUAAGCAGCAGAAUCAGAAGAAAUCCGGAAAUAUAUUAUCGGUUGUAUCAAAAGUUGAAACAGAUAAAUUUCAAGGAGCCACCAGAGCACAUUGCCUCAUCCAAAAUUCAAGAGAAUAAGAUCUUUAAUGUUAAGAAAUCCAGAAGAUCAAAAAAGCAGAUUGCUUUCCAACAGCAUGAGAUCAAUCAGUUUCUUGAGGAAUAUGAAAGGCAGGUUUCGUCAUUGAUGCAAACCGAAAUAGAUAUCGAAUCUCUCCGGGACGAUAAACUAAAUUUCGAAGCAUUCGACAAAGAAAUCGAAUUGAUUAAGGACAUACCAGAAAAUAACUUGGAAGCUACUGCGAGCUUAAAUGAAUAUGCUUUAUUUUCGAGUUCUACCAGCACUCAGAAGAAUAUAUCGUCCAUUAAAUCUCAAAACCUUGAUAUAAACAGUAUCUUUAAUCGCGAGGAAAGUUAUGGAGAUUUCUUGGAUCUUGAGAAGUAUCAUCAACAAUGGCUCAAUGUUGUAAAAGAUGCAAGCGUCACCAUGAUACAAUUUCUGAACACUUUGGCUCGUUUUCAAGACAACACAUAUCUCAUAUUACCUGCAAUCGAUAGAAAUGGAGCAAGAUAUCAUAAUUUUGUGCACUCUUUGGUGCAGUAUGUCUCAAAUUAUUUUUACAAAUGCUACCCUUUGGUCAACACUUACACUCUUGACCAACACCUUGACAAUCUAUUUGAAGAAUAUAUCAAUCAGCCUGUCACAUUUGACAACAGAGGAUAUUUUUGCAUUUCUUGUGGAAAACUUUUUAAAUCAGACACUAUUUACAAGUCUCAUAUUCCAGGUAAGAAGCAUCAAAAGAAUCGAAACACUAAGAGCAAAUUUCUUAUUGAAGAAUUCAGACUGCAUAAGUUUUUAACCUUUCUAAAUGAGGAAUUCUCUAACACGAAGAACUUGGUUGAACGAAAACUUGCAUUUACAGCAGACGAGAGAGCCCAAGAAAUGGACAGGUUAUCUGCUGAGUAUGAUGCUCCAAUUUACGGAGAAAAUGAAGUUGAAGACCAUACCUUCGAAAGGACAACAAAUAAGUCGGAAGUUGAAAUUAAUGAAAUGGAGAAUAUGCCUCUGGGACCUGAUGGCUUUCCUAUUCCUCACUGGCUCUAUAAAUUACAGGGACUAGACAUAGAGUAUCCCUGCGAAAUAUGUGGCAAUUAUAUUUAUAAAGGACGACGUCAGUUUGAUAAACAUUUCACGCAGUCAAGACAUGUAUUCGGUCUCCGAUGUUUGGGGAUAGAACCUUCAUCUACCUUUAAGGGUAUAACAGAUAUUCAAGAAGCUAAGGAUCUCAAUUCCGGUGAUCAACGCCCCACAGCCACUCAAUCGGCAGCCAAAAAGCUUGAAGUGGAAGUUGAAGAUGAUGAGGGUAAUGUCAUGAGUGAGAAGGUUUACCUUGAAUUGAAAAAACAGGGCUUGUAUUAA